AUUUAAGAUGGCAGCUCCCUGAGCGUAGUCGGCGCGUCGCGGCAAUGAGUGACAGCCAAGUGAAUAACAAGUCUUUCAAGGCUAAAAUCAAGCCAAAAAAGCAAAAUAAAGAAAAAGAAGCUACAUCAGCGCCGAGCAGCAACGAAACAAAGGCAAAUGUUUCCGGUGAUGGACCAGCCUCUACACCCCCUAAUACUGCUCUAUCUGCAUGGGCUGUGGCGGAUAUUCAACGGAUGAUGCACGGAUUCGGCGACUCUAGAAAGCCACUUCUUGAGUCGGCGAGACUGGUGGAGUCCAUCUUGAGCCAGCAGAUGAAAUCCCUGCUCCAGCAAGCCGCCGAAGUUUCAGUGCUGCGUGGGGCCAAGGUCGUUGGAUUGGAGGAUAUUCUUUUCCUUACCAGGAAAGACAAGGUAAAGUUGGCUCGCCUGGUACGCUACCUGGAGCUGAAGUCCUUCCAAGGCUCCGUGAUUCCGAGUAUGGGAGUCGACGAGGAUGCAGCAGCCGCAGUCGUCGGUGUAGAAUCUGUGGGUGACAGUAAGUCGCCGGUGGUGCCUCGCGUGAAGAGGACCAAACUCUGCCGAGACUUCCUCAGUACCAUCGAUCAAACUGGGGAACUCGUGAGCGUCUUCACGGACCCCGUGUUUGAUGAGGUCAAGCACGAACGAGAUGUGAGAGCAGAAGCGCACACAAGGUGCAUGGAUCAAGCACAAUACUUGGAAUAUUCGAAUGCAAGAUGUUCGUCGUUCUGUGGAAAAACCAAAACAGGAAAAUUCAGAGAGUGGUUGCUGAAGGAUCUGCACUCCGACAUCCGACUUCAUAGCACAGCUCUGGAGUUGUUCAGCUACCUGGCGUACGAGACUGUUGCUCAGAUAGUGGACUUAGCCUUGCUCGUCAAGAAGGACUCCAAAUCUUUGCCUGGGGACCCUCUGUCCUGGUCUCUUCCACCAGUCACAUGCAAUCCAGAAUUCCCCAAUGUGCUUCUGCCACUUCCACACGAGAGAAAUGUGGCCGCCACUUCCUCAGAGGCAGCUGGCAAGGGCGAGGGAAGCAGCGUAUCGGAGCUAGCGGAACCGGAAUCCAUCACACCUUCGGAGAUUAGAGAAGCCAUGCAUAGGUACUGGAAGCAAAGAGGAUCCUUUACGUGUUUUGCGAAAACCGUUGGAGAAUGGCCAUGUAAAAGGCUACUUUGUCUCUGAAGUGAGUGACCAGACGUGUUUCCCUCGUGGUGCCUGUCAACUUCGUAUUUACAUGCCACAUCAUAUCUCUUUGAACCGUACGAAGUCGACGCUUAUGUUUUCAUUGACAGUUGUUGAUAUUGUAUAAAAAUGCACAAGCGUUGAACGUUAGGUUUCUCGUA